GAAGUGAAUUUUUUCCCAUGGCUAAAUAUAUUUGAAAACAAGGUGUUCGCUGUAGCAUUUAACACAUUAGGAAAGGGAAGGUCAAUAUGGCAUGGUGACCCCCACUGGUUGUGAUGGUUUGACCCCUUGACCCUGGGGUUAUUUGCUGAGGAAAUGAUGGGAAAACAAGGCUGUGUGGUCAAGUCAGGCACAGCCAGAAGCUGGCAAACCAUUCCUGGACUUCACACGUCUUACUCAAGGGCUCCAGAGUGACCAGUGAAAAUGCCAUCCACAGUGUUGUACGUACUUCCUCCCAUCAACCUCAACAACAACAUCAUUCCUCAAGUAGAGGUUACCAAGGAGACCGCAUCCAACAUUCCAACUCCUCCUCCCCUCAUCACUCGAACCGACCCACAAGUCACCUACAUCACCAAAGCUGUGUACCAGCUACCGAAGAGGUUCAUAGACGCCGUCAGGGUGGGAUACUCGCCGAGACCGAGAUCGUACGCCGCCGCCGUGACGUGUUUCGGGGCAGCGACCAGAAAGAGUUACCGAAGCGAGGUCGUGUGCGAGCCGAGGAAAAUGAAAAAGUUUGCAUCGGCCAUCAUCGUGAACCCCAAGAGGCUGACUAAGUCGUACAUAACUACUGUCAAACAUACGGUACAGGACAAGUGAGGAGAUUUUAACGCAUUGGGACAAGCGUGGGGAAAGCUAUAACUUAACGAUAAGAACAUCUAGUACAUAAAAACUGUAUAACAAAAUUUAACGUCAACAUGUGUCAAAUCAUAUUGCCUAAAUCUUGUUUAACAAUUUUUCAAUUUUUUAAAAUUAUGGUUAGGUAUUGUAAAGUCUGCAUAGAUUAGGAGUUAUGUUUUCGUUAAGUUUCUGGUAAAAUAGACAUUUCGAAAUAUUUUUGUACUACAUAUAUGAAGCUUGUUCUACAUGUACAUGUACAUAAGCUUAAGGUUCUAGAUUCAAAUACCUGAUUUUCAUUGAUGUACUGCAUUAUAUUCUUUCUUUGUUGGUUGGUUGUGAUAAAAGUACUAGUACAUGCGUGUAAAAAAGUCAUGAUGUGACAAUGUGCUUGUUGGUUUGUGGGCAGAUUUUGGACAGAAAUAGGCAAAAAGUGGUUGGAUUUUGAGAGAGAUUUAUAGAUUAUACAUAGAGUUGUGUAGAAGUUGUGGCGAAAAGAAUUUGAAAGUAAACUGCUUAGGGUAAUUAUAAUAAGAAUGUAUAGGCAACUAGGGUUGCUCAGGAGGAAAUUUGACAAUGCUAGGAGUGUUGGCAAUUGGAAAGUGAAGGUGUGUGUACAAUACUGUACGGUUCCAACAGAAAAAUAUCUGUAAUUUUUUGUGUCUUCCAGGUAUGAAAACAAAUUAAUAAUCAUGGGCAAAAUGCCCAUCAGGCCACACCAAUCUUUUACCUUGGUUCUUGGACACUUUAAAGUAACAAUUUUAGACGUAAACAAGAAACUUAGUAAGUUAUUGCAUCUUACUCAUUAUGUCCAUUCAGUCCCCGAAACUGUGUUCACCAAGGUACAAACUCGGAUAUAAACUUUAUUCUAAAAAUACAAGAACCAACAAAUAAUAUUGGUAUGGCCUAAAAUGAAAAGAAAAAGAGCUAGAACAGAUGAGAGAGUUUCUAUUGGUAAGAAAAAGCUGUGAGAUUCCUGAAAUGAUGGGAGUUGGUACACAGCAAGUAAACUGGUGGCUCCAGAACAUGUGUACUACCAACUGGUCUCUAAACAACAGAGAGGUGACAAGUCAAUUUGCUUUUGUUCCUGUUGGGGAAGGAAUGGAUGGAAUGUUGCUGUAACAAAUAGAGUGAUCUACUGUCUAGUUCUUUCGUCGUGAUUGUGAUCCAAGUACAGCUCUCCAUUUGUACACCAGUAUACAAUGUAUUUGUGUUAUAUUCUAGCCUUAAGGAUGACCAAUACAAUAUACACAUAGUUCUUGACUAAAACUGUUUAUAUCAAAUGUAGCAAAUAAAUUAUAGGCUAAGACUAAGAGA